CGUCAACAGAAUUGGAGCCAGCAACGUCUUAGCCCCUGCACCCCUCUACUCGCUUGUUCUAUUUCUCGACCCCAUAUUGUCGUCGUAGCGGCUGAAGAACGCUGUCUGGAAACCAAGCGAAAAUCUCUAUUGCUGCCGACCUCGUGCUCUCGUGGUCUUCAUCUCCUACUUCUUUUAUAGGCUAUGAUAGCGUUUCCUCGAGUAGCCUAGGCUCUGGUCUGUCCACUUCCACACUUAAACUUACUGAUGCUGACGUCAUAUAAUAUUUAGUAUAGACGCCAUCCUCACUUAGUUUCUACCACGAAGAAGCCCGGAUUUACUGUGCUAGACAAUACAAAUUAGCCUGUUUUGUUGCAAGUUUUGGAUUCGUUCGUUUUGUACUAUUGCAUUAUUUUUUUUCCGAUCGAAAUUGGACGUGUUCUGACUACUGUUUAUAACAUCUCUCUUUUCCACUAUUUGCUUGCCUAUUCCAGACGACAAUUGGAAUUUUGAGCUGUAAUUUCUAUCUUUUGACCCUAUCUUAUCUUCGAUUUGGGUUUUUGAAUUGAGUGUUUUGUUGUGUUCAUAUAAGUACUUCUGAGCAGUUGACCUUUAGACGAACAAUACACACAGAACUGUAAACAAUUCGACUUUGCAACGUUAAUCAGCAAAAGCGAUCUACCCGUCUUUUUGUGGGCGCCUAUUUUUAUAAUUCUGACAUUCUUGUCGUGGUUGUGACCAAUACCUGCUGGACAAAUUCUUUCUACGGAGUCUUUAGCUGUCGUUACUUGUUGAUCCGUUCGUUUCUAAUUGAUUAUAUAUUCGUCUACGGACACACCACAGAUACACACAAACCCUUUAUGAAGACGUCUUCUUCAGCGUCGCAGUAUGUCCAACAACAAUGCUCCAAACGGUGGGAGCUUAAACAAGUCCCUACCGACGACGAACAGUUCUGAGCCUGGAGAGGUUCAGGAACGACGUCAACAAACUACUAACCCUCGGAGUGCAAUUGCCGCUUCCCAUCCAUCGACUGCCUCAACGCAGUCUGCAGGCUCCUCCAACGCGACAUCUUCUUCUCGCCCACUGGGUUCCGGUUCACGACCUCGAGCACACUUUCAUUUUGCGGGGGGUGAUCAUUUUCCUGGAGAUCGUUCGCCGUCGUCAUCCGACACAGACGAUGAAGACAAUCACAACACUGACACUAACCGGAGUAGUAGUCAGAGGCUUUCACAACGACCGCCUGCAGGAACCCCUGUAAGAGUCCCCAUUAUUUCCAUCACCGAUGAUUCCACACCUCCAUCCUCAUCUAGAACAACUGAACCCGAAUCAAGCUUCCAUUCCACCAAUUCCACUCGCGCUAGUGCAACAAGCUCGCACGCACAAGCGCCUUCUCCACAACCGACAAACACAACCCCUGACAGUGAGCAUCGUGAAGUCCACUUUGUUGAUCCCGAAGCCAAUGACCCACAUGUGACCGGCCAAUUGCCAGAUGUUUUGCCUCUGUACAGAGUAAAGUCGGGCUCUUCCAGCAAAAAGCCGGGUGAUGAUGCCAAACAGAAGAAGAAAUGGCUGAAUUUCAAGGAGAUGCGUCAAAAACAUCCAUGGAUGCAACGCUGUCACUGGCCCAAAGUUUUAGCUUGGGUGCGACCGAAAUUAAACAAAAAGGGUCUUCGUCCGGUAAUUCGGUCUGCCAUUGCGGCCUGGAUUGCAAUGCUCCUUCUUAUCUGUCGACACACAAAUCGUGUUCUCGGUCAAUCAAGCUUUUUCGUUGUUAUUGUUGCUUCGCUGUUCCCACCCAUGGAGCCUGUGGCUCCAAUGCUGUGGAAGACAGCUUAUCAAUUUGUUUUUCUGUUCUCAGCCUGGGCGUGGACAAUUGUAGCCUCGAAACUGGCAACAGUUUCCCGAGGUUCACCAUCGCCGGCAGAGUCGUUGCAGGUAGCGGUAUCACAAGGCUUCCAAUGCACGGUGUCGCUCACUAAUGUGAAUCAGUGCCUGCUGGAAGCAAUCUACCAAGGUUACUUUGUGCGUGCGCUGCCUUCUAUCAUAUGGGCUCUGUUUGAGUUUGUCGGUGUCGCUGUAAUCAUGCGAAUCAAAGUGAAGUACCCGCCGUUGACGUUCAGUUGCGUUUUCUCGUGCAUUUGUGUUAUUAUCUCUGCUUGUUACGGCCCUCUAUAUCCUUACUUUACCGUCAGCAUUGGUUUAUUUUUCAUCAUUCCAUUUUGCGUACAGACAGCUAUUGCUGUUGGCUGUACAUUAUUUAUUCUUCCUCAAACAUGUAAUUCUGCAUAUACGGAAAGUUUGCAAGGGCUUGCCACGAAAAGUAAGUGCAUUCUCCAAAAACAACGUGAAAUGCUGGCAACUUCACCUUCGUCCGCUGGCUGGACGGCUUUUUCGUCUAUUGAUGCCGACGUCGCUUCCUUGAAAGACGAUAUUUCCAAAAUGCAAACAAAUGAGCAAUUUAUGGACACCGAAUUUACGUAUGGACGAUUGAAAGGCUCCGAUCUCAUUGCGCUGCGCGUUAUGUUUGAGAAGAUUGCACUUCGUAUGACUGCAUUCUCUUACUUCAAUCGGCUCAUUGUUCACAAUGUGCAAAUUUACGACGAUGAUGUCCUGAAUGCAUUGGAUCAAGAUGUCAGUAAUAACGAAGAGGCUUCGCUUUUACACUCGCGCCAUGAACGUCAGCACUCUAGGGAUGGAUCUCGUUCUCGCAUAAGUCGGACGUCUUCCAUUGCGACUUCAGGAACGCAAAGUCGACUUGAACCACGUAGGGUAGCAUCUACGCAAAGUCUUUCCCAUGGACAGAAUCCGCAAUCUUACGUCUCUCUUAGUGACUUUUUUCUUGGACGUACGAAUGCCCCGAGCACCGCCCAUAAUUCUGUAGCUGAUGAUGAAAGUGAACAUCAUACAAUAGCGACCAAAAGUACAGCCGCUACUGGACGUUCGAAAGGAAAGAACAAGGUGCAGGCAGCACUAAGCAAGUUUUAUGAUGCGAUGCAUCAUUCCUACCAACCAGUUGGUCUUCUUGAAGCGCAGCAUUACAUGACUUUGGAAAAUAAAUUGCCUUAUCAUCCGCCGCAGCUGUUAGAAUCACUUGUGUCUUGUCUUAAUGAUGCUACUGCAAAGUUGUUAAAUGAAUCUAUAGUUGCACUAGACGGCAUUUAUGGGUGGCUCGAUGACUACAACAGCGACAGACUUAACCAUCUUUUUAGUCGACAGAGUCAACGGCGUAAUCAUUCUUAUAGAGUUAACGCACUGCGCAUUCAUUAUCGACGACUGCGAGCAGUUAUGGCUGACUUUGAUGAGCAUCGCUUGUUCGAUGUUAAAGCACCUAUCGUCGAUCUUCUGACAACUGAUGACCUGAAUUACCUUCAUUCAUUGCGCUCAUUAUAUGUAAUUUACUUCUACGAGGCACAUUUGUUUCAAGUUAUUCGGGGUAUACUGCAGAUUCUUGAAGCAACGAUGGACUUGGAACACCGCAGACAAUUGCGGCGGCUUUGGUGGCCGUUACACGCAUUCCGUUUUGCUGUAAUGUCUCAGUUUACAAAAUCUGAUGAUUACACCGAAGAUAGUGCCCCCAACGAUCCCGAAGAAGACGUCUAUAAAACGUUUACAGAGGCAAGAAACCCAGAUGCUGAACCUCCAAACAACAUCUGUCAGUUGAUUGACCUUCAUUUAAUCAACUUCUGUAAACACAUCUUCUCUGCGGAUAAUCGACAUGCUAUCAAAGUCGGAAUGUUAGCAGUCAUAUGCACCAUACCGUCUUUUUGUCGUGGGAGCGCCAUAUGGUAUUACCGUAAUCGUGGCUUCUGGACCGUUAUUCUGGGAACAAUGAAUUUGGCCCGUUUCAGCGGUGAUACUAUAUACGGUUACCUGGCUAGAAUUCUCGGUACUCUGUUUGGUUGUACCGUAGGAAUGAUGCUAUGGUACAUAAGUUCGGGACAUGGUAAAGGCAAUUCUUACGGAUUGGCGGUGGUGAUGGCUAUUGCCUUCCCAAUCAUUAUGUUUAUUCGCAUUCAUCUUAUAUACCUAACACCCAUGCCUGCCUCCAUUUUCGCCGUAUCCAUUGCUCUCACAGUUGGCUACUCGUGGAAGUCUUUCCAUGAGCCUGGUCUGGUAACUCUGGGAGUAGGAUGGGACGUCGCAUACCGUCGCUUUCUUACAGUUGCUGCUGGUAUUACAGCGGCAUUUAUAUUUUCUAUGAUUCCAAGACCUGUUACUGCUCACCGUAUGAUUAGGACAACGCUCGGGAAACUCCUUAUUCAAAUAGGUUCAAUUCACUGCGAUAUUUCAAACUUCGCACGACGCUCAUCCCAUAAUCAUAUUGAUACGGACAUUCAAAGUACUAUUCUCAAACUAUCGCAAACCCUUAUGGCUUUGAAAAAGAGGUUAGCAAUUGUGAAGUUUGAGCCUGCCCUCAUCGGCCGAUGGCCUCGUGAUCGGUAUGAACAAUUAAUAGAAACCGAACAAGAACUUUUGGACUUACUUAAUUCAUUUAUGACAUGUUUAACGACCCUUGAUGAGAAUUGGACCUACGCCUUAAUGUUUCGCAUCGGCUGGCUCGAACCAAAGUUCAUAGCCUCACAACUGGCUGUGCUGUACAUGUGUUCAACGUCUCUUCUUACUGAAAAUCCCCUUCCUCAAAUCGUACCUGCACCCUUGGUGGACCGUUUCUUCACUAAAAAUGGUGACAUCUUCCUUCCCCCUUUAUCUAUAAACGAACCGAGUCGUGUGGACAUCACGCUUUUGGACCAGAAAAACUAUGUAAACUUCGCCGUCGGUUGCACGAUUGCAUAUGCCAUUGUGAAUCAUAUCGACCGUAUCAUGUAUAUUACUAAAUCCCUGUGUGGAGAACUUUACCAUAUUGAUGGUUGGCCACACAGUCGCUAUUUUGAUGAAGAUAUUGUCAAAAAAACAAUACACGGCCAAUUAUCAGAGAGAGACGAAAAAUCUAAUGAAGAUAUCGUCUAAACUUCUCGACGCUAUGAAAUACUAAACUUUUUGACACUUGACACUUGGAGAAAAAGUAUAACUUCUGUUCUGACCGAUUUCUGAAGGAAUUCCGAUCGCCCUUAAUCAUAAUUGUAAUGGCUGAAUUCUACUAAAAGUUUGAAUUAUGUGAUAUGUUGUUUUACUCGGUUACUCAAUUUUUCAGUGCGUAAUUGUUUUUUAAAAGACUUUCCGGUAUUUAGCCAAUAGAAUCUUAAAGGAUGAAUAGCUAAAGGCAGGCAAGUCUUCUAACUGCAUUCAUUUGUUUAUUUUUUUGAGACUUAAAAAAAAUAUAGAAAAAAAUAAAAAAAAAACUUAAUUACUUAAGUAAUUUAAGAGCUAAACGAGUGAUUUCCAUAGCGAAAAAAGUAAAUACCGACGGACGCAUCGUUUUAUUGCUAUUGUAACAAUGAAAUUUC